CUCGCUUACAAAACUCUCUCGUUUAACUCGUCACUUCUCUCUCUCUCUCUCUCCAAUUAUCUCACUCUUCUUUCUCUCUCCGAAUCCCAGCUCUACUUCCAUGGAGGAGAAAGAGAACUGCGUCCGCGUCACCCGCGCCAUGAAGCGGAAGGCCGAAGAAGCCGCCGCCUCUAUCGAGCGAACGCCGACCAAGGAGCGCGUCGUGCUGGGCGAGCUCCCCCGUCUCCAAAACGCCGGCGCGCCGCUCAUUGAGCCUGAGCCGCAGAAGCGGAAAUCCAGGACGAAAUCCCGGGCCGCAAAAAAAGCGCGGACAAUCAUUCCGGAACUCCUGCCGCCGAAGACGGAGGAGGUCGAAACGACGCCGUCGGAUCCCCAAAUGUGCGAGCCAUAUGCUCGUGACAUAUACGACUAUCUUCACAACCUGGAGGUGGAUCCAAAUAGAAGGCCUUUGCCUGAUUACUUGGCAAAGAUUCAGAAGGACAUUACUGCUAAUAUGAGAGGAGUCUUGGUGGACUGGUUGGUGGAAGUUGCAGAGGAGUACAAGCUGCUUUCAGAUACUCUCUACCUUACCGUUUCGUAUGUCGAUAGGUUCCUGUCCUUCAAUUCUCUCAACCGGAAAAUGCUUCAGUUACUUGGUGUUUCUUCGAUGCUUGUUGCUUCGAAGUAUGAGGAGAUCACACCUCCACAUGUGGAGGAAUUGUGUUACAUAACAGAUAAUACAUAUACUAAGGAAGAAGUGUGCAAAAUGGAGGCUGAUAUACUUAAGGUCUUGAAAUUUGAAUUGGGCAGUCCGACAAUAAAGACGAUUUUAAGGAGAUUCAAUAGGGUUGCUGAAGAGGGCAAAGACCCUGAUUUGAAUUUUGAGUUUCUAGGCUACUACCUUGCAGAGCUGAGCUUGCUAGACUACAAUUGUGUCAAAUUUUUGCCAUCUUUGGUGGCUGCGUCUGUUGUAUUUCUUACUAGAUUUAUCAUCCAUCCAAGGAUAUAUCCAUGGACUUCAUCGCUGCAACAAUAUGCAGGAUACAAACCAUCUGAGUUGAAGGAAUGUGUCCUUAUCAUACAUGACUUGUAUUUGGGUAGAAGAGGAGGGUCUUUGCAAGCUAUAAGAGAAAAGUACAAACGGCAUAAGUUCAAAUGCGUGGCAGUGAUGCCUUCUCCUCCAGAGGUACCCGCAUACUUCUUUGAAGAUCUUAUAGAAUGACUGGAAGUGACCUCGAGUUUGACAGAUAUGAUUAGUUUUGUAUCGUUAGAAAAUCAAGUCCCUGCGAGAUCAGUGUGGAAGGGCUUCUCUUUGGUGAACACCUGCGCUCGGUGCUUUUGCUUGCUUCUGUAAUCUAUGCUUGGAUUUGUUUUUUUUUUGUUUUUAGGAUGACAAAGGUUUUGCUUACAUAGUCCCAUUACCUGCAUUUAGCCAUUUAGGUUUUGUUUAGUGGUUAUAGGAUUUGUUCUGCGGACAAAUUGUUUAGCAGGUUGAAUAGAUGAAUGCAGUAGGGGAUGUUAAAUUGUUAUCCAAUUGAGUGGUGUUUGU